AUGCUAUUUAGCUGUUGUAUAUUUCUUCAACUCAUUAUUCUUCAAUCGACUAUUGCUAAGCAUCACCAUGUAGCUAUUACUGAUCAUAAUACGAUUAUAUCAAUUUCAUCGAUACUUGGCAGUCAAUUAAUAUUCAAUGUUGAUACAUUCAAUGAACUAAGAGAUGGUAAUAGUUCGACAACAAUUAGCUGGUAUAAAGGUAGUACUAAUCUAAAACCAUUAAUAUCGAAUUCAGUAUCAAUUCAAUCACGUUAUAAACUAAUAAAUCAAACAAAACUUACUAUUGAACAGACGUUAAUUGGUGAUGAAGGAUUUUAUACAUUAAAAAUUCAAACUGAUAUUAAUAUCUCUAAACAUUAUCUCUAUCAUGUAAUUCUUUUUACACAAAAUCUUUCACUUUCCAUAUAUCCAUACUCCACUUAUCAUGCUGAACAACAAAUCAAUUUUACUUGUUCAAUAUAUCUAUAUGCUGAUCGUAUUUACAUGGAACAAUCACGUUCUUUAUUCUUAUCUACAUGGUAUAUGAUUAUUUACAAUAAUGAUCCAGAUUCUUAUGAAUUACUUUCAUUAUCAUCGAAUUCUUAUCUAUAUAAAGCUUAUAUUUUCAAUUAUGAACUUAAUCGAAAUGAUCAUAAUCAAACUGUAUCUUGUAUGCUUAUUCAACAAGAAUUACAACAAAUAGUUAUGCUUAAUUUUACUCGAAUAGAUCUAUUAAAUAUUGAAUAUAAAGCAUAUUUACGUGGUAAUUAUUAUUUCAUACGUUCAUUUAAUGCUUAUUCAUCAAUUGAAAUAAAUUGUGAAGAAUUUGAUGCAAAUCCAAAAGCAGUUUAUACACUUAUAUGGAUAUUAAAUGAAAUAAAUAAAACAUUAUUAAAUAAAACGCAUCACGGACGAUAUCUUAUUGAUAAUGCCACUUGGCAAAAUCGAGGAAUUUAUAUAUGUUAUGCGGAAAAUUAUCUUAAUAAUAAUCAACCUGUACAUCAAUCAUUUCGUCUUAAUAUUUGGUUUCAUGAACAUCAAAAAUUAAAAUCUUCUUCUCAAUUAAAAUUAUUUUCUUUAACAAAAUCAACACAAUCAAAUACAAAUCAAUCGAUGAUUUUAAUAAUUUUCAUUAUAAUUUUUUUCCUUGCUUGUCUUUUUUUCAUUCUAUCACUCUAUUAUUUUUGUUUACAAUAUAAAUAA